AUGUUUGGGAAACAAGACAAAAUGGACGUUAGAUGCAAUUCAGAGCUCGAAACCAACCGGCUCUCCAAGAACGGGCAUAAAGAAGGCAAGGAAAGCAAAAGCUCCGAAGGAAAUAUUUCGAAUUCUUUUUUGAAGGAACCGCAAGGGACUUUUUCGGCAUCGGGCGUCUCGGAAGAUUGCGGUAAAAAUAAAUCCAGUUCCGCUGACCCGGAUUAUUGCAGAAGAAUACUAGUCCGAGAUGCCAAAGGUUCCAUCAGGGAGAUUAUUCUUCCAAAAGGCCUUGAUCUUGACCGCCCCAAGAGGACUCGGACUUCUUUCACUGCCGAACAACUUUAUAGGCUUGAGAUGGAAUUCCAGAGGUGCCAAUACGUGGUUGGACGGGAAAGAACUGAGCUGGCCAGGCAGCUCAAUCUCUCAGAAACUCAGGUCAAAGUCUGGUUCCAGAACCGACGCACAAAGCAGAAAAAAGACCAAGGCAAAGACUCAGAGAUGAAGUCGGUGGUGUCCGAGACCGCGGCUACAUGCAGCGUCCUGCGACUCCUCGAACAAGGACGCCUGCUCUCCCCGCCCGGUUUGCCCGGCCUUCUUCCCCCCUGCGCCACCAGCGCCUUGGGCUCGGCCUUGCGAGCCCCCAGCCUCGCUAGCCGCACGGGUGGCUCAGGAUCAGGGACGACGGGCGGCUCCACGCACCAUCCGACCGUCAGCAGCGCUGCCGCCGCCGCCGCCGGCCCGACUCAUCCUUCUCUGCCCGGCGGGCACAACCUCUUCAGCCUCCCGGUGCCCGCCCUGCUAGGCUCGGUGGCCAGCCGGCUCUCCUCCAACCCAUUAGCAAUGGCCGGGUCUCUGGCCGGGAACUUGCAAGAACUGUCGGCCCGAUAUCUCAGCUCCUCCGCCUUCGAGCCCUACUCCCGGACCGCCAGUAAAGAAAGCGCGGAAAAAAAGGCGCUGGACUGA